AUGGCGCCGCUCAUCGCCCCUAUACGGGCCGUCCUGUUCGACAUGGACGGCCUGCUGAUCGACUCCGAGGGCAUCUACACGCGCGUCGUCAACGAGAUGCUGGCGCCGUACGGCAAGCAGCAGACCUGGGCCAUCAAGGCCAACCUCAUGGGCAAGCCGGAGCGCGCCGCCACACUGACGCUCCUCUCGUCGCUCUGGCCCUCGCCCAACUCGACGCCGCAGAACGAGGAGGUGGCGGACGACUGCCCCUUUAGCAUCGACACCUUCCUUGCCGACCGCAACCACGUCCUCGAGGCCGCCUUCCGAUCCGUACCCGCCAUGCCCGGCGCACAGCGGCUCGUCACCCACCUGGCAAAGCACAACGUACCCAUCUGCGUCGCCACGGGAAGCAAGCGCAAAAACUACGACAUCAAGACCAACAACCUGCCCGCCAUCUUUGCUCCGUUUGGUAAGCGCAUCGUCUGCGGCGACGACCCAAGGCUCAAGAGGGGGAAACCCUUCCCCGACAUCUUCCUCCUCGCAGCGAGGGAGGGCCUGCUCGAGGAACAGCAGACGAGCGACAGGCUCGGAAAAGACUGGACCGACGGCAUCAGGAUGUACGGGGAGGAGCACGACGCCGGCGGCCUGGCGGGCGGCGAGGCGCAGGUCCUCGUCUUUGAGGACGCCAAGCCCGGCGUCGCGGCAGCAAAGGCGGCCGGCAUGCACGUGGUCUGGGUGCCCGACCCCAACCUCCGAGCCCUCUAUCCGGCCGAAGAGCUCGGCGCAUCCCAGACCAUCGACUCGCUCCUCGACUUUGACCCCACCGCCUGGGGCCUGCCGCCCUUUGACGACGACGACGACGACGACGACCGGGCGUAG